AUGCCGCUUCAAGUCUCAACCGAGUCCCCGUCCGCUAUUGCCCAGUCUCUUGACUCAACGAGCUCCCAGCCUUCAUUCUUGGUCGUCUACGCUUCGCAUGUCAACGGAAGGUCCUGGUGCGGCGACUGUAGGGAUGCUGAGCCGUUGGUCGAUGCGAAGUUUGCGGACAGAGGAGAGGUCGUGAAGGUGGUUUAUGCCGGACAGCAGGAUGAAUGGCGCAAGGCAGAGAAUCCAUGGAAGCAAGCACCAUUCUCAGUGACGAAUUUACCUACGAUUAUCAAGGUCACGGGAAAUAAAUGGGAGAGAUUGGUGGAAGAGGAUGUGUAUAAUCAGAAGAAGUUGGAUGCUUUCGUCGGCCCAAACACAAAGCACGCGCAACAACAUCUUUGA